AUGACACACACUGUUUUACUACUUGCUCUUAUAAUUUGUCUGUCGACUACACAGGCCAGAAAUGUUGGAUUCAAUGAAGAUGAGGACUACCUGCUUGAAAAACGUUGGUCUCCCGUGAAAGAAUUUCAUGGGAACGGACUUAUCGAAGUUCGAAAGCGAGUUAGAAAAUUCGAACCCUGGUCACGUGUGAAGCGAACCCACUACAACUCACCAGUUGAUGAGUGAAAAAAGGCGAUAAACGAAGUACACCUAGCUCAGUCAGUUAUUUUCCGUUGAAAAUAAAUCGAUUAGCAGCC